AUGCCAGGACUUCACUUCCUCCCAACCAAGCAGACCUUCUCAUCGCCGAGACCACUCAUGCUAGCUUCAAUGUUAUACUGCUCAAGUAUACGAGGCUUGCCAGAAGUUGCAGUUCUGGCACCAGAUUACUUCAAUGUCUUGUGCAGCGCCAUCUCCCAAUUGUGUAUACCACAGAGCGAAGUCGGCCAAGCCCCGGAUGACCCAGCUUCAGCUGAAGAAUGGGCCUUUCAAACGGUUCUGGGCAUCAUACUCGCCGGCCUGCUACGGGAAGCCGUCGUCAAAGAGACGGGGAUCUGGAUCUCUCUUGCUUACCGCCUCAUACUGGAGCACUGUCCCUCCAACACUGACGAGCGAUCCCGCGAGUGGCAACGCCUGUUUUCUGGCCUCCAGGUAACAACUUUGUCCAGCGGUUCUUUCCAUCUUUCUAACAUCGAGCAGAUCGUUGACCUGGAGCACGCCUCAAUACACCUCUCCUGCCCAGUCAUACCCAUCGAGGCGCCCCUCCCACGACUCAAGAUCCCAAUACAAGACCAACUCUACCGGCUCUCGAGAAUGAUGCAUACCGGCCUCACCCACUUCACAGGCAGAGGUCUGCCAACAAUAUGGUCCUGUUUCGAGAGCGAACCCAGCGUGUCACAGAUCUCUUCCGUUCAGUUUAGCGGCGUCGACGGCGCUGUCAUCCGCGACUGGGCAAGGCAGCUAGAUGAUUGGCUCGUUGAGUUCAGUGACAAAGACUUUGAGUCGGAGCACGAGAAGAAGCUCGUGUUUCGGCAGUAUAUCCUGCACAGGCUGCUUGUCUUGUCCAUCUACCACCCUGCUCGAGGCUGCAACCUGUUCUCGAACACGACGCCGAAAGAGCAGCAUGAGCUACUUGUGUCGGCAAGAGCGGCGGUUAAGCUCCAAAUACUGGAUGCUUCGAUAUGGUCGAACUGGGAUCUCGUCAUGAUCACCUGGGCUGCUCUCAUUGUACUUCAAGGGGUAGAUGGCGGAGUAGGGGAACCGGAUGAUCUUGAGAACGUCGGAGUUCAUCUCCAAAAGCUGAAGGAAAUGCACGAGCCGAAGCCCAGUUUGCGAGGCAUUCUAGCUACACGACUGGAACAGAAACUUCAGGGCCUACAUACGCCCGCUUCAGGAGAUGCCGAGGUGUUUGAGCAAGAGAUCCGGAACUUGGAUAAUUCGUGGUAUAUCUUCGACCAGUCGAGUCUGCAAGCAGGAUAUGAACUUUGGUCGUAUGAGAACCAGGGAGGAUAG